CUGCUGAAGCGAGCCAAUGGGAUUUUUCAUUCUACAUGUGAGCUGGCAGCAGUGUUUACACAAAAAGUUUCGACUAAAUCAGUCUCGCUGCCAAGUCAUUUAACUGCUGGCCAUCUAUACUAUUAGGUUGUUGAAUUAAUCCCAGUUGUGGCAUUUUUGAGCGGAUUAUGUUCCGCCUCUCGUUUUCAGAAUUCCACUGCCCUAUUUUAACUCGCUGAAAUUACUUACUUGACUCUUGAGUUUACAGUUGGGAGAGUUUGUCAUCCAAGGAGUCGAAUGGCCUCUGGUGUGACUGUGAAGAUAGAGAAGCGCCCGGCUCCUGAUACAGAGGAUGUCCACACAAGCCCCAAAAAAGCCAGGAAGCUGCUGCCCAGCCUGAAGACGAAGCGGGCGCGGGAGCUGGUGCUGGUGAUUGGCACGGGCGUGAGCUCGGCGGUAGCGCCGCAGGUGCCCGCUCUGCGCUCCUGGAAGGGCCUGAUCCAGGCGCUACUGGACGCGGCCAACGACUUCGAUCUGCUGGAGGAGGAGGAGAGCCGCCGCUUCCAGAAGAGCCUGCAGGAGGACAAGAACCUGGUGCACGUGGCCCACGACCUCAUCCAGAAACUGUCGCCGCGGACAGGGAAUGUGCGCUCCACGUUCUUCAAGGACUGCCUGUACGAGGUGUUCGACAGCCUGGAGAGUAAGAUGGAGGACGCGGGGAAGCACCUGCUGCGCUCGGUGCUGCAGCUGAUGGAGAGCGGCGCGCUCGUGCUCACCACCAACUUCGACAACCUGCUGGAGAUCUACGCCGCCCACCAGGGCACGCGCCUCGAGUCGCUCGACCUCACCGACGAGAAGAAGGUCUAUGAGUGGGCUCAGGAAAAGAGGAAGCUGAGUGUGUUGCACAUCCACGGCGUCUACACGAACCCCAGCGGCAUCGUGCUGCACCCCGCAGGCUACCAGAACGUUCUGAGGAACACAGACGUCAUGAGAGAGAUCCAGAAGCUGUACGAGACCAAGUCGUUUGUGUUCCUGGGCUGCGGCCGCACGGUGGACGACACCACCUUCCAGGCGCUCUUCCUGGAGGCGGUCAAGCACAAGUCGGACCUGGAGCACUUCAUGCUGGUGCGCCGCGAGGACGUGGACGAGUUCAAGAAGCUCCGCGACAACAUGCUCGACAAGGGCAUCAAGGUCAUCUCCUACGGCGACGAGUACACCGACCUGCCCGACUAUUUUGAACGGCUGGCCAUUGAGAUCUGCAACCACGCCUCGGAGUCUAACGGCUGGGGGUCUCCCUACAACGAGGAGGAAUCUCAAAAUGGCUUCAGCUCACAGAAGAGUCUCCUGCAAGACGAGCACUCUUGACAGGCACAGGAGUGGGGAGUCUCAGGUUUUUCCCUGCACAGUGUGUCCCCGUAGAGUAGCCGUACUUCCUCCUCUUCCUCCUCAGGUCUACCGUACACGGAUGGAUGGCAGAAGAAAUCCCAUAACAUCCUAACCCCCCCUGUAUCCCCACUCACAACACCUGACCAUUGCCCCAUCACAGCACUGGCAGUCCUGACCAUUGCCCCAUCACAGACUGACUGUGCUGAAGCACACAGUGAUCAAGUGAUAAAGCCAAACACGCAAGUAAGAAGAUUGUUUCAACACACCUUGAUUUGUAUUUUGUGGCGUGUGUGUGUGUUUCCUGGGAUGCUACGACUUCA